AUAGAAGUAAAAAAGUAAUCAAUAGAACUAUACACAUUUGUACAACAAUUAAUCAUUAUACAGGAUUUGAACAUUUUCUAUUCCAACUCAUGCUUCAUAAUAUUUCCAAGGAUUGCAGAGUACCAAAUGAUUUAUGAACAGUUGUUUUUGUUCAGGAGCGGAUUGUACUCCCAGAGGCUUCAACAGAGCGGGUCUGGAGCUGGGAGCUGCAGGUGGAUGUUGGCCAGGAGCCGUUCAGUCCUACAGGAACAGACGGAGGUGAUGGAGGCGGUCGUCUGGAGGUGCUCGUCUGGAGGUCCGUGGCGGUCGUCUGGAGGUGCUCGCCGUGAGGUCCAUGGCGGUCGUCUGGAGGCGCUCGCUGCAGGUGGAGGGAAGGCCGGGAGCCGUGCAGCCCAACGGAUGCAGAACGAAGGACUGAGGCGGAGGUCCUGGAGGCGGAGGCCAGCCUGGAGGUCCUGGAGGCGUCCAACCUGGAAGGGGCGGCAUGGAGGGCCAGGUGGCGGCUCCUCAUCCAAAGGGCCUGGAGGCGGCCAACCUGGAAGGCCUGGAGACGGCCGAGGUCCUGGAGGCAAACCUGGAGGUCCUGGAGUCGGUGGGCCUGGAGGCGGUGGUUGGGUCCAACCUGGAGGGCCUGGAGGCGGUGGUUGGGACCAACCUGGAGGGCCUGGAGGCGGUGGUUGGGACCAACCUGGAGGUCCCGGCGGUGGCGUCCACCUGGCGGCGGGUCAGCCUGGAGGGCCCGGCGGCGGUGGUCAGCCUGGAGGGCCCGGCGGCGGCGGCGUCCUGGAGGGCCUGGCGGCGGCGGCGUCCUGGAGGGCCCGGCGGCGGCGGCUCCUCAUCCAAAGAAAUGAGGCGACGUUGCGGAGGUCCAGGCGGUUGGCCCGGUGGAGGUCCUGGAGGAGACGGUCCCGGCGGUGGAGGACGGCUGGGGGAUCCGGCGGUGGAGGUCCGAAGGCGGGUCGUGAUUAGACCAACCAGCUCCUCAUCCAUGGAAGCAGGAUUGAAGGAGUCACUGGGGAUGAAGAUCACUGCUCAGGGGCUGACGACCACUCAUCUUUCCGGAGAAGCGUCCUCAUGGUGCAGGCGGUCAAACCUCCACCUCUUUGAAGAGACCAAGCAGCUUGAUGACUGACUGGUUCUUUAUACUCAAGACCUCGUCCCGGAGCAGAGGACAGACCUAAGGCCUGCAGCGCAGCAGACUAGAGACUCCAUGUGGAACCGGUAAGAUACUGGAUUGACCAUCUUGAAGACAUUUUCAUUUAUUCAACAAGGUUCAAUUAAGUUGACCUCUCCUUCAGGCGACUUAAAGGGAGACCAGAUGUGCGGCAGCUGGGUGUCAUGGUGCAGAGACCCAACGCUGUACUGAACUACACCAGUGUGUCCUACUCCCAUAAACCCUGAGGAUCCCUGGAUGGCUACACCAGCACAUUAAUCCACACCCAACAUCAACACACAGUGCACACUCUAUAGAGCUCGUAAGUCCGCCCCUUGCGGCGGGACCUCGUGAGAUCGUAAGAUAUGACUGGGUUUCAAUGGAGAGAAAGUAAUUAUUUUCUCCAUUUUUAUGUUGCACCACAUUUUGGGGGAAGAAUGUUUGAAUCAAUCUUUGUCAUUUAUUUCUGUACUCCAUAUCUGUAAUCCCAGCUGUUGUAUUUUAACACGGUAGCUGGGAACCCUCUUUAUAGGGAGCGACUAGAGGGACGAGGCUGGAAGCAAACCUGAGCCUGGAUCUUAACCUUCUUUCUAAACCUAAUGCCGCAAUUUAUCCGCAAAUAAAGUGAGGCCUAAAGUAACUUGACUCUCUUGCCUAAACUUGCUUGUCUAAACUCGCUUGCAUAAAACCUGAACUUGCUUGGCUAAACUCGUGUCGCUUGCCUAAUACCUGAACUUGCUUGCCUAAACUCGCUUGCCUAAUACCUGAACUCGCUUGCCUAAACUCGCUUGCCUAAACUCGCUUGCCUAAACUCGCUUGCCUAAACUCGCUUGCCUAAACUCGCUUGCCUAAACUCGCUUGCCUGAACUUGCUUAGCUUGACUCGCUUGCCUGUACUCGCUUGGCUAAACUCGCUAGCAUAAAACCUAAACUCGCUUGCAUAAAACCUAAACUCGCUUAGUUUGACUCACUUGCCUGUACUCGCUUGGCUAAACUCGCUUGCCUAAUACCUGAAGUCGCUUGCGUAAUACCUGAAGUCGCUUGCCUAAUACCUGAAGUCGCAUGCCUAAUACCUAAACUUGCUUGUCCAAACACGUUACACAAAGUUAACCAUCCAUAAUCUUUAACCCAAACCAGACUUGUCCCUGGGUCGCUCCACUUUAAUUUAGUAGUUUCUUCUUUUACCUCAUCUGCGUUUUGAGUUUCAUUCUUUGAGGGCUUGAAGUGCUUUGGAGGAUAUUUGAACCUUUUGUUUGCCGCAUCAAUAAACAUGCUUUAUCUUUACCCAUUUUGUUUUGGAUUGCAUUUCUAUGUGUAAUCCGGCCAAAUGUUCAGUGUCCUUGCAUGUAAUGUCUAUGGUCUGACGAUAAUCUGACCUCUUCAUGAAGCAGAAUGUGUGUGAAUGUUGUCCCGUGAGCUCCAGGCUCUCUGUGGGCCUGUCAACGUCUCUUUAGCAAAAGGUUGGAGAGUGAAAUUCAUUUUUGUGCCAUUUUCAUGUGUUCCUGAGUAUUUCAGACCUGUGGUGUUUCACAUGAGACCUUAAUGGGAACUUUUCUUUUUCUGCCUGCAUACGUAAUGCCUACAUUAGUAGGGUGAUCACUGUUGAUCCCAAUAUUGAUUAACCACCUCAUUUUUUGGGAUUACAAAUCAUGUAAUUUAUGAGCAUAUUUGCAAAUGCCUCCAAAUAUCAGAUUGUGUAAAAACGAAUGAAAUGUAACCUGCUUGAUUUAAAGAAAAUAAAACAUCCAAAUAUUAUAAA